AUGUUUGCGGGUUACCAAAUGUCACGCAAGUCGUGCUUGGCGAGAGGUGCGCGAGGUGCUUGCAUGUGGGUGCAAGAGUGCAAUCGCAUGGGCGGGACACAUGUAGGCGUGUGUGUCGACGGGUUCAUGUUCGGCUCCUGUUGCCGGUUACCGGACAAACCUGUACAGGUCGAAGAAACCCAGACUCCAGUUACUGUAUCAGAGCGCACCUAUUCAACGCCAUCUAGCACACCAUACACAACAACUCGGAAACCAGAAACAUCGACGCAAACUAUUUCGCGGCCUAAUAAUAACCGGCAGACACAGAGGCCGUCGUUCAUGACUAAGCCCAUAGAUGGCGCGCCAACGUCGUACUCAUAUCGGCCGCCAGAAAUAAAUUUACCUUCAUUAGGCAAUUUAGAUUCAAGUAACGAACAAAAUAGUGAUAUAGUUAAUAAAAUACCAUAUAACAGUGUAAAUAAAUACCAAAAUGUAAAUAGACCUAGCGAGGAAACUAGUCUCCAGAAUAAGAGUUCAUCUAGUCUUAGUAUAUUAUCUGGCGCGCGGCCAAUGGCCGUAUCAGAGCAACACGAAGAGAACAGCAUCAACUCGGCCCAAUUCAAUUCAAGGCCAAGCAACCUGAAUACAAUACACUGGCAGGCAACGACAGAAGCUUCCUUCAUCACGAAACCAAGACCGUCAUGGGAAAAACCAGCGGGGAAACCGAAACCGACAAAGAAGUUCCCUACAACUACGGGCAAACCGCACAAGAACCAUUUAAAACCGAAAGAUCCUGCCCUGAACAUAAUCAAUAAGACAGAGGGAUCGACUCAAGCGCCAAGCAAAUCUACGGCCUCUGCCGCUAUUGGAUGCGGGCUAACACCAAUGUGGCCACGUCCAGAGAUGAGGAUAAUGGGCGGUAAGGACACAACCUUCGGGCGGUGGCCGUGGCAAGUCUCAGUCAGAAGGACCUCGUUCUUCGGUUUCUCGUCUACACAUAGAUGUGGAGGAGCUAUUAUUAACGAGGGCUGGAUAGCCACCGCUGGACAUUGUGUGGAUGAUCUUCUAACCUCACAAAUACGGAUUCGAGUCGGAGAAUACGAUUUCUCUUCAGUUUCUGAAGAGUACCCUUUUGUUGAACGAGGGGUAGCUAGAAAAGCAGUUCAUCCUAAAUACAACUAUUAUACUUACGAGUAUGAUCUUGCUCUUGUGAAGCUUGAGUCUCCAGUGCAGUUCGCUCCUCAUAUAUCACCGAUUUGUCUACCGGCAACCGAUGAUUUGUUGGUUGGUGAAAACGCUACUGUUACUGGUUGGGGGAGGUUGUCAGAAGGUGGUGUGUUGCCGUCGAUUUUACAAGAGGUGCAAGUACCAAUAGUAUCAAACGAAAGGUGUAAAUCCAUGUUCCUAAGGGCUGGCAGACACGAAUUCAUUCCAGACAUCUUUCUCUGCGCCGGACACGAGAAGGGCGGUCACGAUUCUUGUCAGGGAGAUUCCGGAGGACCUUUGCAGGUCAAGGGUAAAGACUCCAGAUAUUUCCUGGCUGGCAUCAUCAGUUGGGGUAUUGGCUGCGGUGAAGCUAACCUGCCAGGUGUGUGCACCAGAAUAUCAAAGUUCGUGCCCUGGAUCUUACAAACGGUCAACUCUUAA